AUGACGUCCACACAAUCUAACUCCAAAGGUGUCGCAAUCAUCACUGAAUCCGCGCAAGGAAUCGGACGCAGCAUCGCAAUACGCCUUGCAGGAGAUGGCUAUGACGUCGCGAUCAACGAUUUGGAAAGCAACAAAGAGAAUUCGGAGGAGGUCAAGAAGGAAAUCGUUGCCGAAUUCCUGGAGCGCAGAGUGCUAAUUGUCCUUGAGAAUGUCAGCGUAGAGGAGGAUGUCAAAGGACUGGUUGAGAGUACAGCUAAAGAGUUUGGCAGGCUGAAUGUUGUGAGUUGUUUACAACAGGUUCACUGCCAGACUCAUCUCAUCAUAGCGACAUCCGAUGACUUUGAGUCUGUGCUUUCAGUCAACGUCAAAGGCACCUUCUACAGCUAUAAAUAUGCAGCGCAACAGAUGAUAGCUCAAGGUGAGGGUGGGCGAAUUAUCGGCGCAAGCUCCCUUGCAGGAAAGAAAGGCAAGUCCACAUAUGCGGCUGUUCCUUUGUGUAUGCCAUGCGCUUACUGCGCAUCCAAGUUUGCUAUCCGAGGGCUAACGCAAUCCACAGCCAUUGAACUUGGUCGCAACGGAAUUACAGUGAAUGCAUAUGCGCCAGGAACAAUUCAAUCGGCAAUGCGUAAGUUUCGAGAAUUGUGCUUUAAUAUAGGAUGGUAA